GGGUGGCGCGGUCACUAGGUCUGUUGUUACGGCUGGUUGGGAGGCCAGCGUGGUGGCGCCGUUGUGGGGUCGCAGCGAUGCAAGCUGAGGCAACAGGCGCAGCGCCCGCGGCCUUGCGCUACGAGUGUUGCUUCACUUCCGGGGAUGCGGCGAGAUGUGAAAAUGGAUCGCGUGCACUUGCUGGCAAGCUUGCUAAAGGCGGCAGUAGCGUCGCGGCGUCCAGCCUCCCGACGGUGCCAAUUCUGGCGCAUGGCAAAGAUUUCUUGGCGACACACCCAAGGCAAGGCGUGCGGCGUUUCGCCUGCCGGCAUUUAACUGAACUACCCGCGUGCCCAGUUUUUG